GAGCCUGGCACUAGCUACUGCUAAAGCAUAGACUUGUUGAGUAGGGUCCUUUAUUUGAAUUCAUCUGAGUGAUAAUAUCACCAUUUUACGAUAUAAGUAUCUCCGAUUUGGUAAUUUUAUUUGGUCAAGCGUCUCUCCUAUUUCAAAACUGAAGCAUAUAUCACGUCAGACACUGAAAAUUACCCAAACCAACAUGGCCGUGCAAGAAACCUCGAGCGUAAAGUGCUUUGGUGGUUUGCAAAAGGUUUUCAAGCAUCACAGGUUUGUGCUACAGCCUUUUUAACACGUACCAAUGUUUUUAGUUUUGCUCCCAUUUAUAGGCAAAGGAUUCCUCCACAAUUUUGAAGAAUCCUAAAGUCAAUCACCGCGUCUUUCCCCCCGUACGCCCACGCCGCCCCGAAACCCUCCUCCCCACCCUCCCCCUGCGGCUCCUUUAAUGCUCUCUCAUACAAUUAUUGAUAAAUAUUUGAAAGAUGAGCAGUGUAGGAUGAUUUGAAAAUAUAUGCCACUUAUCAUCCUAUUCCAGUCUUAGUAGAAUGCUGGAUGUCUGUCACAUGAACCUACUAAAAUGGUGUACUUAAGGUACCCCUGGGCCAAGAAACAGUCAUCACUAUUGGCUGACACUUGGUCGAUUUGAUGGCUGACAUAGCGGCCAAUAUCGAUCAACAUAUUGAUCAGUCUUCUAUUAGUCAACAUGCUAGCCAAGUCUCAGACAAUAUAUCUGUUGACAUUAGUUGGUUGCGCGGCGCGGAUCUAGGAUUAAAUACUGACCGCUUUACUAAGCGAACACCAGAACGAACACCAGAAACGAACACCAGAAGGCUUCAGCUUUUAGGAGGGUGUGGGCGCAUGCUUCCCCUUGAAUUUUUUUGGAUUUUAACUCCCUAAAGUCCCCUUUCCUAGGUUUGUGAGUCAUUCAGACAGGAUAUUGGCCAGGGCUGGGUUGCUUGAAGCUGGGUUAAAACCCGAGGGGGGGGGGUACUUUAGGAAUUUCUGGGUGGGGAUGUGCCGCUGGGACCCUGGAACCCUUAACCUAUAACAGAGCUAGUUCAGCUGAAUUUUGCUACCCUAUACUAGAGUAAACUCCCCAAAUCCUCCCUAACCUAGAGUAGCUGUUUCCCUUGUCUAGAUAAAAUCUUCAACCAACUGAUCAUUUUCCUGAAAAAUGAUACCCUAUUCUAGACCGAAACACUCUGAUUUAUAUACCCUAUCCUAGAGUAAACUGCCUGAAACCAUACCCUUCACAGCGGCACAUACCUAUAUAGCCCAUAUAUGGCAGUGCCCCCCCCCCAGGGGUUAAAAAAACCCAGGGUUAGUGGGAAAUUUGAACACAGAUAUAUGAGAGCUUAAAUAACAGAUUCAGUUUAAUUCUCUUUGUCUACAAUUUUAUGAUUGGAUACUCUAAAAAGAAUAGGGAAAACUAUCUGAAAGAAUGCUUUUUAUAAAAUAGAAAAAGAAUCUUAGGCUAAAAUUUAACCGCAGGUUAAUGCUAACCGGGGUUCGAACAACUGGGCCCCGUUCUGAUGAUAUUGAUACCAUUUGAAAUUAUCAUACACGUACAUGGGUACCACCAUAAAUCUUCAGAUUGUUUUGAAUACCCCCCAAAAUCCCUGCUUAAAUCAAGCCAGCAAAAAAAAUACUUUCCAAAUUUUUCUAUCCAAAAAAAUCAGCUGUAAACCAGCUGUUAAAAAACGUUUGGGUAAUUUUGCUAACAAUUUUUAUUGGUUUUCUGUGUUUUUAACUUUUUACAGUGCAGAAUUGAAAUGUGACAUGAAUUUUGCAGUCUAUGUUCCACCUCAAGCAGCAUCAGAGAAAGUUCCAGUUCUUUAUUGGCUCUCAGGUAACUGCAAGUGUCGCUGUUCUUUACUUUUCUUUGUGCCAUUUUUUUCUGCCCCUUUAGUUUUUCCCUUGCCCCCACUAUCUGCCCCUGGGUUUCAGAGGAUGGUGUUUGCGACUAAUAAUUAAUUAUUUUAUUGCUAUAAGGGAUUGUGCCGAACAGUGCCCUGAAGCAUUAACAUGCUAUUAGGUUUACUUGAAAAAGUGAUAGUUUAAUACCAGGUAGUAUUAACAGCGAUUAAUAUUGCUUAAUGUACCAAGGAUGUCAAAGUCAACAGACUCUACAAUCCCUUUGAGUCCUCAAAUAGCACAGCCCUGCUUAGCCAGACAUAUCUCCAUUUGUUUGUCAAAUAUUAUUCAGUCAGUUUUGAAUGAUAUGCAGACAGCAGCCAUCAAUCUUUACUGAAGAAAAGAAUGAGUUUCAAUCUCUACCAACAGAGUCAAAUUAUAUUUAAUGAGCAAUGGUUUUGUGGUGUUUAAAGCAUUUAAGCAGUCAUGAAAAACACUGGACCUGCUUGUCUGUGUUCCUGCCGUAAGUGGAUUAAUAACUUCGUUGAUUAGAAAAUAUAUGAACUUAACAGAACACAAAGUUAAGUACAUGAUGUCACCAGACAAACACUGAAUUCAAUAUAUCAAGUCUUGAACCUGAAAUGAAAUCCUUCCUUGAAGAUGGCAUCUACUCAACUUUUGAAAGUUUAAUUUUGUUGUUCAGGCUUAACAUGUACAGAACAGAACUUCAUCACUAAGGCUGGUGCACAGCGAACUGCAGCUGAUCAAGGCAUCAUGAUUGUAGCACCUGAUACAAGCCCUCGUAAGUCAAUUCCAGUAAUAUAGUAAUAUUCCAGUAAUAUAAAGAAAUAAUUGUAAUAUUUCAGUAGUAUAAAAAAAAAAAGAUAAACAGAGAGGACUUAACAUUUUUUGCAGCACUUGCAAUUCUUGUUUGAGUUGUCUGCAUUUAGUGAUUAUGUGGUUAACAAGUUGAAAAAUUCCAACAUAAACAUCAGUUAGAAUCAACUACCAACCAACAUAGGGAGAAUGUGGGAUGUUAGACAUACCUUAGCCAUGCAAUACCAUUACAAAACUGUAAAUGACCUAUUAAAUGCCCGGGGGGCAUCUACUUAAUUUUAGGGGUCCUAGCAGGGGCAUUUGAUAGAUAGGAGGCAUUUAUUUAGAGAGAGAUUCCCAUAGCUAACUGUAACAAGCUUUAAAAAAUUGAUAUGAUUUCGGCAAAAAUGUGGAGGUAGUUUGAAAAUAGCGGAAUAUCAUGACUCCAUCAAUUGAUAUGUCUAGGCCGUCUAGAGAUCCACAUUGCUCUUUCAAAUCCCAACAUUGCUGUCAGGAUCCCUAGUCAGGGUUUUUGUGCUGCCAUCAUUAGUCUAUCCUUACUUUGAACUUGACAUUGAGCAAGAUGAAAUAUAGAGCCUUGUUAAUCCAGUAAGAAACUGAGACAAUUGAAUGAUUUUUCUCCAUUUUGCUAAUUCCUAGUAUUUUGUAGAGCGGUGUCAAUCAGAGAGGGCGGAUUUGUUAGAGACGGGUGUUUAAUGCAAUAACUGUGUUAAAGUUAUUUUUAAAUAACAGCAUAGAGGGGGGUGUUUUAUUAGAUAAGAGGCAUUUAAAAGGUCAUUUACUGUAAUUUCACCCUGAUAGUAACCAAUCAUCAUCAUCACCAUCAUCAUCAUCAUCAUCAUCAUCAUCAUCAUUGUCGUCGUCGUCAUCAUCAUCAUUAUCGUCGUCAUCAUCAUCAUUAUCAUCAUCAUUGUCAUCAUGACCACCAUCACUGAUAACACUGCCACCACCAUCAUUAUCAUUGUUAAUCAUUUUCAUAAACGGCAUUGUCAUAAAUUAUCAUGAUUAUCACUUUCAUUUUUUAAGCAUUGCCAUUGCUAUCACUAUUAUGAUUGGCAUAGGGAUUGCAAAUGCCAGAAGUGCUGUUGCUACUGAUACCUUGCAACUUUACUGUUACCAUUGCUACUGGGUCUGUUGUUACAACAAUGAUGAUUAUUAUAUUUUCAUUGUUAUUAUUUCAUACUACUUGUAGGAUCCUGUGGUAUUGAAGGAGAAGAUGACAGCUACGACUUUGGAACUGGUGCAGGUUUCUACAUUGAUGCAACUGAAGAGAAGUGGAAAACCAAUUACAGAAUGUUCUCUUAUGUCACAAAAGAGGUUAUAAAUCUAGCUAGGAAAAAUUAACAUUACCAUGCAAGCUUAUAUGUAAACAAAGGAUUUGUUUUGUUAACUACCUUUUGAGACAAAUGAUUUCAUGUAGGGGCUUCNGCUAAUUCCUAGUAUUUUGUAGAGCGGUGUCAAUCAGAGAGGGCGGAUUUGUUAGAGACGGGUGUUUAAUGCAAUAACUGUGUUAAAGUUAUUUUUAAAUAACAGCAUAGAGGGGGGUGUUUUAUUAGAUAAGAGGCAUUUAAAAGGUCAUUUACUGUAAUUUCACCCUGAUAGUAACCAAUCAUCAUCAUCACCAUCAUCAUCAUCAUCAUCAUCAUCAUCAUCAUUGUCGUCGUCGUCAUCAUCAUCAUUAUCGUCGUCAUCAUCAUCAUUAUCAUCAUCAUUGUCAUCAUGACCACCAUCACUGAUAACACUGCCACCACCAUCAUUAUCAUUGUUAAUCAUUUUCAUAAACGGCAUUGUCAUAAAUUAUCAUGAUUAUCACUUUCAUUUUUUAAGCAUUGCCAUUGCUAUCACUAUUAUGAUUGGCAUAGGGAUUGCAAAUGCCAGAAGUGCUGUUGCUACUGAUACCUUGCAACUUUACUGUUACCAUUGCUACUGGGUCUGUUGUUACAACAAUGAUGAUUAUUAUAUUUUCAUUGUUAUUAUUUCAUACUACUUGUAGGAUCCUGUGGUAUUGAAGGAGAAGAUGACAGCUACGACUUUGGAACUGGUGCAGGUUUCUACAUUGAUGCAACUGAAGAGAAGUGGAAAACCAAUUACAGAAUGUUCUCUUAUGUCACAAAAGAGGUUAUAAAUCUAGCUAGGAAAAAUUAACAUUACCAUGCAAGCUUAUAUGUAAACAAAGGAUUUGUUUUGUUAACUACCUUUUGAGACAAAUGAUUUCAUGUAGGGGCUUCGAACAACUCACCCCUACCACACCUAGAUUUACAGUGUACCUCAGGGGUGUACUAUUAAUUUUGAUCUAUUAAACGUUUAUAAAUGUCUUGCAAGUAUCACAUGUGAGAUGCAGAGAUUUUCUUUAUAGGCUGGUGUUAGUAAAGCUAUUUCCCCUUUUUUCAAGGAAGAGGUUAUUGGCUACAGUGUUCUCUGCCUGGUGGAAGUGCUUAACCCUUUAGGUCCCAAUAGUGACCAACAACAAUUUUCUCCUAACAAUAUCCAUACAAUGUCAAGAGAUUAAGUUGUGAGAAUUAAAAAAAUGAUCACCUAAGGGAAAAUGCUUUGAUCUUUAUCAAAUUCUCUCAACUAACUGUUAAAGGAGAUCUAUGGAGAUCAGUUUGGAGGAUUUGUAUAUGGAUAUUGGGGCUUAAAGGGUUACAUGUUCUAAUUACCAAGAACAGGAGAAAGAAGUCAUACCAUGAAAGAACUUAAAUUGCUCUUUUACUUUACACUCUCCAAAUUCAUCUGUCAGUAGUAAAAUCUGUAAUGAGGUUAGAAUUUAUUAUUUGGAUUUUUGUGUUUUUUUUCUUCAGCUUCCGGCCUUGAUUCAAAGCAACUUCCCAGUUCUUGCAGACAAGCAGUCAGUGUUUGGUCAUAGGUAAGCAACUUAAACCAAGAACUUAAACCCUAUUUGCCAUAAUGUGGGACAGUUCUGCCAUAUCUUAGUUUUUAUAACAGCUCCCCAUUUUUAGAUGGGUAAUUUCUUUGUUCUUUGUGUGUGACUCAGUGAAUGUAUCGAGUACAAUGUUUUACAGAAAGUUUUGUAGUCACUUAAGCACACUUAUGAAAACUGGGAGAUUAUCUCAAAGCUGACUUUUUAUGUUCUUUUUAGAUGUUCAGUAAUACAUAUUACAAUAUGUAUUAGUUUAUUUCUUUGUAAUUUGUUCUUAGCAUGGGUGGUCAUGGAGCUUUAACCUGUUUUUUCAAGAAUCCAGGAUUUUAUAAGGUGGGCAGAUUGCAGUACAAUAAAUUAAUUAUAAUAUAUUUAAUGUAACUUUUCAUAUACCUUUACCUUGUAAAACUGUCGAGACAUAUUGUUUUAGUGCUCAGAGUCUGGAAAAAACAAACAAACAAAUUAACAAAAAACACAAAAAAAUGGCUUUGAGUUGAAGCCUUAAAAGAGUUGUUUUGUGGCUUGCCUUUUUUGAAAAUCUUUCAAAAGUCUACAGUUUGAUUUUUUGCUAAAUCAUUUAGAAUUUAAUUUAGUGAUUACCAUACUUACAUUGUAAAGGUUAAGCCAGUGCUAUAAGCAUUUAUGGGUCUAGGCCAUCUGCAGUUUAAUUGGAACACACCACAUGGCUUGGGUGCAAAAGAUCCUUUAAGAUAUUUGGUAACCUUAGUGCAUAUUAAUUAUAUGUGGCAACUGUGUUUCUUUACUCUGUUCAGUCAGUGUCAGCCUUUGCACCAAUUUGCAAUCCAGUGAAAUGUCCAUGGGGAGAAAAGGCAUUUAGUGGAUACCUGGGAAGCAAUAAAGAAUCAUGGAAGGUAAUACAUUGUCUAUUUAACAAAUAGAUUCCAUGUUGCCGUGGGUCUGUUCAGUAUCAGAUGACUGAUCUCGUCGCAAUGUGGUAAAAACAAAAAAGUGGCACACGAGCUGCAGGUGAGUGUGUUAAUGGUGUUUUUACCACAUUUUGACGUCUUCGGUGAUCUGUUACUGAACAGACCCAUGGUAGUAUGGAAUCUUUUCGUUUUAUACAAUGUACAGACAAGAAAAAGUAGUGACUCACUGAGUGCCACCUCCCCCCAACAAAACACUUUGACCUGCCACCUUCUCCCUCCUCUGCCCUUCAUAGCCAUUGAUUUAACCAAGUUGUUUUUUUUCCUCUGUGUGUCUUCUUUAGCAAAGCUAAUAAAAUCAAACAAAGAAAAUAAAAUUUGUGGAUCAAAUUUUGCCUUUCUUUGUAACUUUCAGGAGUACGAUGCUACCGAACUGGUGAAAAACUAUGAUGGACCAAUUCCAGAUAUACUCAUUGAUCAGGUGAACUGACAUAAUUAGGACAAUACGAUGACUGUUAGCCUCCCAAAAUAUCAAUAUCAAAAUAUUUCUGUCUCUGAUUGGCUUCAAAGUCUUGGCGGUUUCUUCAUAACAUUUUUGCUCGUAUCGUAUCCGAGGAACAGCUGGCAAAUGUUUUGAAGGUUACGGAGGUGAUAUCCGCCAAGGCCGAAUGCAUAAUUCUUCAUAUCAUACCUUUUUUCAUCUAAUAACCGUUGUCCAUGUCAAUCCCUUCCAUCCUUAAUACUUUAUAAUUUGCUAUAAAACACUUACCAUACAUUCUUUAACCUUUUUUAUAGGGCACCAAAGACCAAUUUUACCCAUCCCAGCUACUUCCGGAGAACUUUGUGGAGGCCUGCAGGUCCAAAAAUGUUCCUGUAACCUUAAGAAUGCAGGAGGUAUAUCCCGUCUAACGAAUUUGAAUGAAUUAAUAAUGAAUCUUUGUAAAUUAGCAGUAGAACAAGAACACGAACGAAUAAUUCAGGUUUUAGUGACCCGUUUCAAGCCCGGCCGACCCUAACCUCGUUCUCAGGGUUCUCUCUCUUGCUUCGCUGGGAACGAGGGUGGACCUGGGCCCUGCAGUGAAACGCCUGUCGUAACUGUCUGUAUCGGACUGAGAUGAGACUGAAAGCCCGCACUGAAAGUCAGCUUGAACUAUCGUAUUUGAACCGUUGAAGAAAAAUUAAACACUUCAAAGAUUAUCGCAGUACGCAAUUAAGGUGUACAUAACACACCGCAAUUAAUACAGCGAGCUUGAGCAACAAGAACGCUGAUGUCUCGCCAACGAAUCUGAGUGCUGUACUUCUUUGUUGAGUCUACCGCAAAAAGAAGAUAUCAAUUUUGACGUCCGGUACGUCACCGUCCUCGUUGCAUAAGAUCCCUUUUUAGUUUAAGAGAAACCCUGACGGGAGAAGUUACGGCUUAGUGAACGGUAUUCUAAGCCCAUGACCCUGCGAUACCAGUGACAUUUUGAAUGACUGAAAGAAAGCCGUUUAUUUUUGGAUAUUUAACGUUUUUUUAAAAGUUAUAGUUCAUUGAAGGUAAUGCAUUAAUUUUUUUCCAUAGGGCUACGAUCACGGUUAUUAUUUCAUCGCUUCAUUCGUAGAAGAUCACAUCAAGCACCACGCGCGCUAUCUUAAAGCUUGA